CAUGGACUGUGCCAUAGAACCACUUAGAUCAGCGUUUUUCAAAGUUCGGGUCGUGACAUGUAAGGCACUGGGUCACCCUGGUCAGCACUGCUGACCCGAACGUUAAAAGUCCCAUCGGUGGUGCUGCCCAGCUAAGGCAGGCUAGUGCCUAUCUUUUCUGACACUGCGCUACGCCCCAGAAGCGGCCACCAGCGGGUCCAGCUUCUAGGCGGGGGGACCAUGGGGCUCCAUGCCCUGCCCCGAGCACCAGCUCCACACUCUGCCCACUGGGCGCUGGGGGGGCGAUGCCUGCGGGCGAGAGUUGCGUUCUUGUGCGCCUCCGCCUAGGAGCCGGACCUGCUGCCAGUCACUUCAGGUGCACCACGGGGCCAGGACAGGUGGGAAGCCGGCCCCUGCACCCCAGCUGUGCUGCUGACCUGGAGCCACUGGAGCUCAGUGAUGAAAACGAACAGCUACUUAAGAAGUUGAAAAGGCUGCGUAGAAAAAAUCAACAGCUGGAAAAUGAUUUGGCUCAGAUCCAGGAAAAACUGCAUCUGGAGCAGUUAAUGCAUGACUGUGUCACAAGCAGAGAUGUUCAGGUUCAAACAGAAUCCCACUUAUGGCACAAGGGAGCUGGCAGUCACAACAAGGAAAUGAAAGUAGCAAGCGAAAGUGCCAGAAUACUUCAGAUGUAUAAUAACCUGCAGAAACGUUAUGACAGAGCAAUCAAAACAAACCAGGAACAAAGUGAAACAAUUAAAAAUCUCACUAUUAAAAUUCAUGAGCUAGAGCAUCAAUUUCAAGGACAAAAGCAAAGAAUUGAGCAGCUGGAAUGUAAAAAGGUCUCCCAGAAGGACAACGCUAUUUCUGGAGUAAGGACUCCAACAGCAGAGAGAGAAAUAACAUUAUCUCACAGAUGCAUUUGUAAGAAGAAGGGAGCCUGUUCUUGCAAAUAUUUAGUGCUAUUGCUGCUUGAGAUUCAAAAGCUGAAGAAGAAAAAUGAGAAGCUGUCUAGAGAAAGGAGAAUGCAAAGAAAUGAAUUACCUGGAUUAGACAAGUUCCAGUUUUUACGGACUCACUCCUAACUCUCAGCUCUCCAGACUCCAUGAUGUGUGGAAUUCUGCUGUCUGGCUUUUGCAAAUACAGGAAAAUAUAACUACAUUUCCAUUAUCAGACACCUCUUUUGGCACCUGAUUCACUUUGAGAUUCCUUUGAAACCCCUUUGUUUUUUAAAAUUGUCGCUGAUUUGUUCCCUGUGUCUUUGUGGACUUCGCUUUCUCUCUUGAAUGCAUCCUCCUAUCUCUGUCCACACCACUGGGUUUGUGUGACUACCUUUCCUUUCCAUUUAGAACUUCCUUUUUGUCUUUCUGCAACAUUGACUCUUCUCUCCUUUGCUUCUCUCUUAAUUUCUCUUGCUGCUAUCAUAUUUUUUAUUUUACUUUCUAUUAUUUGUCUGUAAAAUAUUUUGAAACUGUUUGUAUGAAAGUUGCUAUAUAUAUAAAAGUUGUAAGCUGUUGUGCAGUGUUGCAGUUAGCCACCACAUCUCAGUUGAGAUGUGGUUGCAGCCUCAGUGGUGACCAAAGUGAUUCCUAUGUGUAUAACUUGAAGAGUACUCUGAGGGUACAUCUACAUGGCCCACAGCAGCGAGUGCCAGAGCCUGAGUUGAUAAACUUGAUGUCACUCUACUGCACUAAAAAUGGCUGUGUUGAUGUUCCGGCUCAGGCUCUGAAGCCCACCUCCCUCACCAGAGCCUGAGCUCUGUCCCAAGCUGCAAUGUACAGCUGUUUUUAGCAUGUUAGUGGAAGUUUGAGUCUAUCGACUCGGGCUGUGAGACUCGCUGUGUCUGUACCCUGAGAAGUAGGCUGAAGCAGGGGAAAAUUUUGAGGUAUGACUAUAACCUUCCAAUGUCUAAUGGGAAAUGUAACUUUAGAAAAAAAUAGAUGAAUACUGAAUUUUCUUUUUUAGGAAUUUUUCGACGAGAUAGAAGAUUUAAAGUAUGCUCUACAAGAAUCAAUAAAACUGAAUAAUCAGUAUGAAAAGUGCUUGAAACACAUAAGUUCAACAUAUGGACUUGCUUUUG